AUGAAGUUCACCUCCACCAUCGCGGCCGUCGCCCUCGUCGCUGGCGUCUCUGCCCAGCAGGCCGUCGUGCGCAACAAGUGCCAGGAGACCGUCUACGUCCAGUCGUUCCCCUACGACGGCUCUGCCGCCGGCCCUCUCACCACCGUCAGGACCGGCGAGACCUUCGCCGAGGACUUCCGCAAGUCGGGCUCGACCGUCAAGGUCUCCAAGACCAGGACCCUGACCAGCCCUCUGUUCAUCGGCUACUCGUUCUCCUCGAACCCGGACUACGGCUACUACGAGCUGUCCAGCGAGUGGGGCAAC